AUGAUUCCAUCGUUUGCUUCUUCGCCCGUAUAUGAUAUGUCGACCGGAAUUUAUUAUGCGACUGGUGCCACUGCGGUGAUCCCGACACCUGCCUAUGAACUCAUACCUCAUCGAGUCUUCGUCGGCGGCUUUCCAGCCAGUACAACUGAGCUGGAACUGAGAGAGCAUUUCGAACAGUUUUUUACUAUCAAAGAGGUGAAAGUGAUUAGAAGUGCUGACGGCGUAUCUAAGGGUUACGGUUUUAUCACGUUUGACACCGACGACGAAGCGGACACAGUUCGCGGAUUGUCUCCCGAAAAAUUGGAGUUUAAAGGUCGCAAAUUAAAUCUCGGACCGGCUCUUAGACGUAUGUCACAGCGUUACUCUACCGUAGCAGAUUAUGCAAUUGCUACACCAACAGGACUGGUACAGUCACCCACAUAUGGUUAUACUUAUUCCUUUCCACCGCAGCCACCAUUUGUUAUGGUCAACACACCACAGGCUUAUGUGUACACACCCGGUUCACCAGUUCCACAGGCGAUGAUUUAUCCAGUCGCCGCACCGGCUAACACCAAUGCUGAGCAGCCUGCUAACAGCGGUAAUGCAAACGGAGCAAGUGAGAUUCAAUGUGUCGAGCUGGAUGGGCAUAUUUUUUCUUCACUCUCAAUUGUCAUUAUAGCCACCACUCCUGAUGGAUCUCCUACUCGUGGCCAGGCAGCCGCACCAAACGCUGAAGUGGUGGUGCCGGUGGCGGCAAAGCUGCCUGCGACACCGCCAGCUACUGCUGCCAGUUCCUCGGUGUCUGUAGUCACCGCACCAGUACCGGUACAACAGCCACAACCUUGCAUCCAGUAUCCGGUGUAUCUACAGCCGCAGGCGCCACCUACUCCUGUAACCCCUACAGUCGUCGCGCACCCACGCGGUUCUCCUACGAACAUUUACAAUUCGCACGUGGCUUCCGUACCUUCGGCACCAUAUUUCUCCACUACAGACGGUCACGGAGUUCCAUACCAGCAGACUUUCUACUACAACAACACCCCAAUGGCAGCUGCUGGCGAUGCGGCGAACAUGCAAAUGAUGUACAGUAAUGGAGCUCCGCCGGCCCCUGCACCUCUGUAUGGUGGUGCCGAAUACACACCUCCGCCAGCUCAACAGCCGCCACACGACUCACCGCCAAUCGCUCAGGGACUCUUCACCCCAUCACCGCAUCACGGAGGCACUCCACAGGUGGUGUAUGAGGAAAGUUCUGGUGAUACUUGGAACACUGGUCUGAAAAGAGAAUUUGAAGAUUCGCCUCCGAAUAGAAAGGAUAGUCAAAGGAAGUCAAUUAUGUUCUGCGACGAUGCUGUCAAUGUAAAGGCAGCCUUAAAAGAGCCGUCAAGAGAUCGUGUAGAGGGUCAGCCGGCUUUACCAACUGAUGCGAUGUGUGGCGACUGCAAGUUUGAUGCACAGGCCGGAAUGAACAACCGUCUGUGCAACUCGGGAAGAAAUGCCACGAAAAGGCCACCAAGGCGACAACGAUCGGGAGGGCGUUUCGUGCGCGCGGCUCCGCGUGCUGUCAUGUCGCUGAAUGGUCAAUUCCAGUCAAUGCGUGUAUCGGCUGACCAUCCAAAGAACAUGCCGAGUGAGGCCCUUCGUGCGCAGACGACACCGCCUGAAUCGCCGCAGUUUUAA